GACGUGGAAUGUUUACCGUGUCCGGAAGUGCUGUGGCUUUAUGGCUAGGCAGGACGUUUUAUCUUUAAAUUGCUCAUUGUAGCUCGUGUCGUGUUCUGAUACUCCUAAAACUAAAAUAACUUACUCAAAAACGACACAACGCAAUUAUUUGACUUACAGCUUAGAUUGAUAGUGUGUCAUUUUGAGAAAUUUCUGGAUAAAAGCGAAUUUGACCGGCAUGCCAGAUGGCUAGCUAGCCACCGAAGCUAGCUAUCAAAGCUAGCUAGAGCUGCCAGCUGACUGAAUGCUUUUUAUCUGUAUGUAGUUUAUUUUAAAUGUUAAAUUAGCUUGGACGGAAGACUAAGGUUAAUCAGAAGACAGCUGGCCACAACAAAGACCAGUAAAUGGGUUGUGAUUCAUCUUCAGCGUUGAGGUGACAGCGGUGUUUUUGGGUGAUGUGGACAUAAAUACUAAAACUGGUCGAGUUUAAAGAUUGAAAAUGGAGGAGAAAUACAGCAGCAACGUCCUGUCUGGAGGAAAACUGGGCAUGGUGGAAGUGCCCAAUUCUAGGUUAACCAGGUAUAUAGUUUUACUGAUUAUCACGAAGAUCCUGAAGGCUCUGGGAAUAUUUGAAUCUUAUGACAUCCUCAAAGUUGUUCACAUAGUGCAUUUCAUCUUCAUACUAAAAUUAGGGAGUGCUGUUAUUCUGCUUUUCUUUCAAAAGCCUUUCUCCUCAGGAAAACCCAUCUCAAAAAGACAGUGGAUAAAGUUACUAAAGCAUGCUGUUUUCAGCUGCAUCAUCUCUCUCCUGGGCUUCUUUGGUCUGACUCUCUGUGGCCCUCUGAGGACAUUGUUACUCUUUGAGCACAGUGAUGUGGUGGUCAUUGCUCUCCUUGGUGUUCUUUUCACCAGCUCAGGAGGGGGGCCAUCCAAGACAAGAGGAGCUGCUUUAUUCAUCAUAGCUGUGAUCUGCCUCCUCCUCUUUGACAACGAUGAUCUCAUGGCAAAGAUGGCAGAACACCCUGAGGGACACCACGACAGCGCUCUCACUCAUUUCCUCUACACCGCCAUCGCAUUUUUGGGAGUAGCAGAUCACAAAGGUGGUGUAGUGCUGCUGGUGGUCUCCCUGUGCCUGAAGGUGGGCUUUCACACAGCCUCCAGGAAACUGUCAGUGGAAAUUGGUGGUGCAAAACGCCUCUAUGCCUUAGACAAUCUGGUUUCUGCCAUGGUGCUGCUGCCCUGGGUUAUAGUGCUCUCUGCAACCACAGAAAGUAAAGUAGAUUCAUGGUCGUCACUCAUCUUACCGUUUGGGAUGAUCAUCUUCUCUGUCAUGAUCCUGGAGUUUUAUGUUGAGGCCAUUUGCAGCGCAAAGAUGGAGGCACCAAGGUGUGCCCGCUACGGCGCCAUCUCCCUCUUCUUGAGUGCGCUCUUGCUGGCAAACUUCUGGACCCACCCACUGACAGACCAGCUGCGCUCCAUGAGCAAACCGCCGCAACAGAUCAGCACGGAGCAUGUCCUGUCGGGAGGAGUGAUUGUUAGCGCCAUCUUCUUCAUCAUGGCGUCCAGCAUCCUGGCUUCCCCGUCUAAAAAAGGUCAGAAGGGCACCUUGGUGGGUUAUUCCCCUGAAGGGACGCCUCUGUACAACUUCAUGGGUGACGCCCUGCAGCACACGUCACAAUCGCUCCCACGUUUCAUCAAGGACUCCCUGAAACAGAUCCUGGAGGAAUAUGACUCCAGACAGAUCUUCUACUUCCUGUGUCUUAACCUGGCGUUCACAUUUGUGGAGCUGUUUUAUGGUGUUUGGACCAACAGUCUGGGUCUGAUCUCUGACGGCUUCCACAUGCUGUUUGACUGCUCGGCUUUAGUCCUCGGCCUGUUCGCUGCUCUCAUGACUCGCUGGAAAGCCACCAGGAUCUUCUCCUAUGGGUAUGGUCGUGUUGAAAUCCUCUCUGGAUUCAUUAACGGCCUCUUUCUGAUGGUCAUCGCUUUCUUUGUUUUUGUUGAAUCUGUAACUCGUGUGUUGGAUCCUCCAAACAUCGACACUGAUAUGCUGACUCCGGUGUCCGUCGGAGGUUUACUGGUCAACCUGGUGGGUAUCUGCGCUUUCAGUCACGCCCAUUCCCACGGAGGCAAAAGCUGCUCCUCACAUGACCACGGUCACUCCCACCAUGGACACUCCCACAGCGAGCACAGCCAUGGAGGUCACGGACACUCUCACGGAGGACACGGACACGGCAGUCAUGGGCACGGUGGACACGGACAUUCCCACGGCUCUGGAGGCGGAGGCAUGAACGCUAACAUGAGAGGUGUUUUCCUCCACGUCCUCGCUGACACUCUGGGCAGUGUCGGCGUCAUCAUCUCCACUAUCCUGAUCCGUCAGUUUGGCUGGUUGAUAGCUGACCCCAUCUGCUCGCUCUUCAUAGCCACACUCAUUUUUCUCAGCGUCAUCCCUCUGCUGAAGGAUGCAUGUGAGGUUCUUCUUCUGCGAACUCCCCCAGAAAAUGAGAAGGACCUGAACAGUGCCCUGGAAAAGAUUGAGAAGAUUGAAGGAGUUUUGUCGUACAGAGAUCCCCACUUCUGGAGACAUUCAGCCAACAUGAUCGCAGGGACCAUCCACCUUCAGCUCAUGUCAGAUGUGGUGGAGCAGAGGAUCAUACAGCAGGUGACAGCCAUUUUGAAGGAUGCAGGAGUAAAUAAUCUGUCGGUACAGGUGGAGAAGGAGGCGUACUUCCAGCACAUGUCUGGACUGAGCACAGGGUUUCAUGAAGUUCUGGCGAUGACUCAGCAGAUGGAGUCGAUGAAAUACCUGAAAGACGGGACGUGUAUCAUGUGAAACCAUGUGUGAGACCAAAUAAAACUCAACAUUCAGACUGUUUUUCAGUAAAAUGUACAGUAUAUGUGUGGAUGUGGUUCUAAUAAAUCUGAAUAUAUUGCUUUUAUCCCUGCCCAACUGUACUUUGUGUGCUCUAAGUUUUUGUUAUAUACAGAAGAUAAUACAGGGUUCCUUGGCAUAAGUAAUUCCUGAAAGAUCAUAUAACAUUUCUAAACUACAUUCAUUCCUUUAAGAUGGUGUAAAUUUCAUCAAACAAAAGAAAAACAGGCACAGUGUGGAUCAACUUUCUGGUUUUAUUUGAGCAAAUGGCAUUAAUCUAAUGCAUAUAAAGUGGAAGAAACACAACACGCCCUCUGCUGCUACUGUGCCGAGAGAAAUGCUGCCUGUGACACACUGAUAUGUGUUGCUCCAUGAAAACAGAACUAUAUGAUACGUUUUCCUUUUUUUUUUUUUUUUUUUUUUUUACCCAAAUCCCUACCCUCCCUCCAUGUAGGAGUCUGUAAUGUGCAAAAAUACAGGGUUCAUGCAUCC